AUGGGCGAUACAAGCUAAAAUUUAGAAGCAAAUGCUAACUUUUGUUGGGAAACAAGUCCCUCUAAACUUAAUAAUACCAAAUUUGAAAAAGAAGUGAAGGAUCUAGAAGGAUAGGAAUUUGAACUGAAAAUCAAAGAAGUUGAGUGCAAUAAUUUCGACGACAGCAGCAAUAUAAUAGUUCAAAAAUGUAAAGGUAAUGAACUAAAGCAAGCCUAUAUUGUGAUGGUAUCUGGAUAUACUGGUUUGAUAACAGGAAUAAUAAAGAAUCUAAUGAAAGUUCCAAGACCGUAAUGGCUCUAUCCCAAAGAAAUUAAAAAGUAUAUAUUCGUAACUGAGUCAACUUUUGCUACACCAAGUGCUCAUAGUUCAAUAAUCAUUUGUGUAAGCAUUUUUUACCUCGAAGAAUACCUUUAACCAGAGGCUAGAUACCCUGUUCUAAUAGCAGUAUCACUACUAGUAGCUACCUCUCGAAUGUACUUUGGUGUGCAUUACUUACAGGAUGUCAUAAUUGGAUUAAUUAUUGGUUAUUGCUUCGGCUUUGGAUUUUUGCAUAUUUACUAAGAAUAUUUGCAAGAAUAAAUAACUCUCUAUCAAAUUUUGAUAGCUGAGAUAAUUUUGAUGGCUCUUGUAUUACUUAACUAUGCAAUCUGUGUAUUUAGCUGGCCAGUCAAUGAUAAUUAUUGGCAAGCACUGAGCGGCUAGAAAGAAGUUAUAGACCCAUACUCCUCUAGAAAAUCUUGGUAUUUUUUAGCGAUGGGUUCUGGAUUGCUUGGAGGAAUUGCACUUUAACUAUAUUUAAAUGAGAAAGAUAUAUAGUUAAGAAGAAGUUUCCAAGUCGGAGAUUGA